AUGUCUUACAACCCUAAGAAUAACCGCGUGCUGGCCGUCGUAGGCGUCGGCCCAGGCAUCGGCGAAGCAGUCUCGCGCCACUUCGCCUCGAAAGGCUUCAGCGUAGCGCUGAUCGCCCGAACAGAAGACAAACUCUCCAAAAUCCAAGACUCAAUCAACGCGUCCCACCCCAACUCGGCAAAAUACUACGUCACCGAUGUUCGGGAUGAAUCAAGCGUGAUCAAGACCUUUACUUCCAUCAAGGAAGAUCUCGGCCCUGUCCAUGUGCUAAUCUACAACGCCGGGUCGAGACGCAUUCGUCCGCGGACUAUCCUCGAGACAUCCUCGGAGGAGUUCGAAAACUUCACCCGCAUCAAUAUGUUCGGUGCCUUUUUCGCCUCCAAGUGUGUCCUCCCCGAUAUGUUGGCCGCCGGGGAGGGCACUGUUAUCUUCACCGGUGCGACGGGGUCGAUUCGCGGGAGUCCCGGGUUGAGUAGUUUCUCGCCGGGAAAGUUUGGGCUUCGCGCCCUAUCACAAAUUAUCACUAGGGAGUUUCAGAGUAAGGGUAUUCAUGCGGCGCAUCUUAUUGUCGAUGGACCCGUGCAGAGUGAUAUCAUUGGGGGGUGGUUGCGGAAGAAAUGGGAGAGGGAGGGUGAAUCCGAGAAGUUGCAGGAGAUGCAUCGGUAUGUUAUGCAGCCUCACAAUCUGGCGGAGAUUUAUUGGUUCUUGUAUACGCAACCGAGGAGAGAAGCAGUCAGACUUGCAACUCCCAGAAUGGUACCAGCUCCGCCUCCUCUUGAUAUUCCCAAGUCUUACGAGACACUCCCUCUCACUGAUGUCAAGGUCUCGCAUCGUCCGGAGGGUGUCCCGGUCGCAACACCCGUAGUAGUGGUGACACUGAACCGACCAGACAAGAACAAUGCAUUUUCCACACAUCUCAUGAAUGCAUUCGAGAAGCUGUAUCCACUGUUUGACGUGGACGAGCGAGUCAAGGUUGUCGUGUUGACGGCAACAGGGAAGAUCUUCUGCGCUGGCGCCGACCUGAAGGAGCCGUUCAAACCGGUUAAAGAGCGGCCGCUCGAGUUUCGCGACCCUGGCGGUCGUAUGGCCCUCGCCAUCUACCGAUGCCGCAAGCCCACCAUCGCCGCCCUCCAAGGCUCCGCCGUCGGCGUAGGCAUCGCCAUGACCCUACCCUGCGCGAUCCGCAUAGCAUGCGAGCAGGCCAAGUACGGAUUCGUCUUCGCCCGUCGCGGGCUAACCCUGGAAUCCAGUUCAUCGUUCUUCCUUCCUCGGCUGAUUGGAUACUCGCGCGCAAUGUACUUGUUGACCACCGGCCAUGUCUUGCCGCCCACAUCGCCGCAUUUCGGAUCGCUGUUUGCAGAGACUCGACCUGAUCCUUCGCAGGUUCUCUCUCGUGCACUGGAAUUGGCGACCGAGAUUGCGGAGAAUGUUAGUCUACUCGCGUGGCAUUUGAAUCAUGCCUUGAUGUGGCGUAAUCCCGGGACUGCUGAGGGAGCUCAUAUUGUUGAUUCGACAGUGAUCUAUCAUAUGUUUGAUGGGAGGGACAUGCACGAAGGGACCAAGUCUUUUCUAGAGAAGCGAAAGCCCAAUUUCACGGCAACGUUAGAACAUGCGCCGCCGAACUACCCGUGGUGGAUUGAAAUUGAUACAGGCAGGAGGACGCGGGCUGAAAAGCUGUGA